AUGGCUAAUGGUGUCAACGCCAAAGCACAGGAAGUGAUUAACGACUACAGCCCUGAGAGGAGACAUGCAAUUGACAAAAUUCAGGAAAAGUUCAAGUGUUGUGGUGCGGACAGCUAUGCCGACUGGUCCCAGAGCGCGGGCUGGGAAAAGCACGACGCCGUGCCAGAUUCCUGCUGCGUGGUGAAGAGUGAGGGCUGUGGACAGGACAAGGAGAAGGCACAUAAAAAGGGCUGCCUCUGGGCAAUCAGUGUCUUCCUGUUGAAAAAUCUGGUGUGGGUCGGCGCUGUCUGCAUUGCUCUUGGAGUCACGGAGGUUUUUGGAGUAUUAGUCGGGGUGUGCUUGUGUCUGGACAUUAAGCGAAAGAACUACGAAAACAUCAGCUAAUGCAUCAUCACUGCUCUAUUAUCUCUGGAUGCUCGACUGUGUCUAGAAAAAAAUCUUAUCUACAUACUUGCUAUAAUUGCAGCUGGUAUCUAACAAAGAGAAAUUGAUCUGCUAUAGUGGUGAAAAAAUCUAUUUUAAAUUAACAUUCAUGCUUGCUAUGCACAUAAUUAUUAAACAUGUGAUCGCA